AUGCAACACCUCCUCCUUACCGCUGCAGCUGUAGCUUCGCUAUUCGGUUCGGCCGUCGCAGCGCCGAAGAAUGGCUCCAACAUCGAGACGUCGAGCGGUACCUUGAUCGGUCACCCAUCGUCUAACAAGACACGUGUGACUGAAUUCUUGGGCAUUCGAUAUGCAGAAGCGCCAGUCGGCGAACUGAGAUUUGCUGCGCCGAAGAAGUUCGACGCGCCCAAAGGAACCGUUUUCGAGGCAUCCGAUGACUGCCCUGCUGUUAAGCCGCCAGUAUCAGCUUUCCCCAACUUCACACAGCCAUCCGGCUUGCGUGUGUGGAAGAACUUCGCAGCUCAGAACAACAAUUCGGUGUCCGAGGACUGCUUGAAGCUCAAUGUCUGGACGGCGAGUGCUGGUGAUGCCGAUGCAAAGAAACCAGUGCUGGUGUUUCUUCACGGAGGACGUUUCCAGAUCCCCGGCCCUCACUCUCCCUUCUACAACGGGCAGUAUCUGGCCGACGCUGAGGAUGUCGUUGUUGUGACAUUCAAUUACCGAUUGGGCAUCUUCGGCUUCGCUGGUGCUCCUGGUGUUGAGAAGAACGCGGCCCUGCGCGACCACCGUAGCGCUGUCGAAUGGGUGCGCGAUAAUAUCGCUGGCUUUGGAGGCGACCCUUCGCGCAUCGUCAUCUUUGGACAAAGUGCAGGUGGCGCCGCUGUCGACUACUGGGCAUACGCCUGGAAGAACGACCCAAUUGUGUCGGGUCUCAUCCCCAUGUCUGGAACCUCACUGAGCUUCGUUCCCAACACAGUCGAGUACUCGCAGUCUAUCUGGUACAAUGUGUCCCAGACCAUCGGUUGUGGGGGUGCUGCCAAUGACUCUGCCGAUGUCGUAUCUUGCGUACGUUCUGCAAACAUGUCUGCUCUUCUGGCUGCCUCGGCAAAGGUUCCUGGUCUUCCCAGCGUCGGUCUGACUCAAGCGACCUUCCAUCCAACCGUCGACAACAUGACGGUUUUUGCGGAUUAUCAGCAACUCUCAGCGGACGGUUCCUUCGCCAAGAUUCCGCUUUUGGUCGGCAAUGCGGACCACGAAGACGGCUGGUAUCGCAUUUCAGGGUGGGCGGCCAAGCUGAACUUUACCAACGCGCAAUGGGAUCUGUUCACCCAGCGUGGCUUCACAUGCCCAUCCUCCUUGUCCGCUGCAUACAGGGCGCAGUACGACGUACCGACCUGGCGAUACAGAUACCACGGAGAUUGGGACAACCUUCGCCUCUACAACGGCAGCGCAGGCCUCGGGCCUCGAGGAAGCGCGGCCUACCACGGCUCUGACCUAGGCCUGGUCUUCGGUACCGCUCAAGACAUCUCUGGCCUGCCCAAUUCUCCUGCUGAGAACCAGUAUAUGAAGCAUGUCCAGGGCGCCUGGGCUGCGUUUGCCCGUGAUUCGCAGGAGGGGUUGACCAAGUACGGAUGGCCGAUGUAUAACUCGGGUAAGCACUGGGAACACCCGAACGCCUGUUUCUACGCUAACACGUGCAAAGGCAAUGCUACACUCGUCGAGCUGGCUUAUAACAACGACCCUAUGCCCAAGUUUGUCAAUCCGACAAUCUAUGACGCAUCUUGCCCCGCGAAAAACGAUCCGCUGCCUGGACGAGGUGCUUUUUAA